AUGAUCGUGGAAAUACCGCGGUGGACAAAUCCUAAAAUGGAAAUGAAAAUGAAAGAAACGUUGAAUCCAAUUAUGCAGGAAAUUCAAGGAGGGAAGCUGAGGUACGCCCCCAAUGUGUUUCCUCAUCAUGGCUGCAUUUGGAAUUACGGAGCGUUUCCCCAGGUAGGAAAAGUUGGUGAGGUACGGAAAGUGAAAGUUUUAGGUGCAAUUGCUCUCAUUGAUCAAGGAGAGACGGAUUGGAAGGUGUUUGCUAUUGAUAUUACUGAUCCACUGGCCGAGCACAUGAAAGAUAUAGGAGAUAUAGAAAAACAAUAUAAUGGCCUUUUUGAAGCAUCGGUAAAUUGGUUCAGAGUGUACAAAAUGAAUCUAGGAAAGCAAGAAAAUAAGUUUGCUUUUGGUGGAAAACCAAAAGAUAAAGACUUUACAGUGAAACUUGUCAAAAGCGCUCAUUUGCAAUGGAAAGAUAUUGUGUUAGGAAAAGCGCAGACAACUCAUGUCGAUUGAAAUAGUCUUCGAGAUGAAGUGUCUGAUGAUCAAAAUCUAAUUGAUAAAGCGAGGAAGAUGAAAUGA